ACAUUAUCUGUCGCAAAUAUGCGCGUCACGCUAAAUCCAAAUGCAUUGCCCAGUGGUAGUUCCCGAGACAGGUCUAUGCCGCGUACCCGACAUGUACUGUUGUGAAUGUGAACUAUGGAUGGUGACGUCAUGUAAGCGCCCUUCGCAUAAAAAGAAAACCAUUUUAAUCAUUAAAAGCCAGAAUGGACUUUGCGCACACGGCUGGAAAUAUCAAGUCACAGGGAAAACCAACCAGCUAUAGACGUUUACCUGUCUGUAUACUUGUUGUGUUGAACAAAUUAGAGCUGUACGGUGAAGUCAAUCCGCAUAGAUAUUUUGACAUGGGGAAAUUGCAAAAUCUACAGAUUGUCUCGGACAAGAAUGUGUUUGGUCAGGGUGACGUCAUCAAGGGGCACAUUGCCAUGGAGGUGGACCCGGAAGCCCUGAAAGAUGUGAAAAGUAUCCGGAUGCGAUUCAGAGGUUUCACCAGGAUCUAUUUAAAGCGCGGGAAAUAUGAUCCCCGUUAUUUUCAUGAGGAAUACUUCGAUACAACGUUGUGUGUUUUCGAUAUUGAUCAAGGAAGUACUGCGAGAAACCCUCAAAUCCAGCCGGGAAUGAACCGUAUCCCGUUCGAGUUCCCGCUUCCUACUGACAGGCCCCUCCCGUUCUCCUUCGCGAACGAACUGGGCGGUGUCAUCUACCUGGCCAAGGCGAAGGUGUCCGUCAAGCAGUUGCUCCUGACCAAGGAUUACAAAACACUGAAGCACUUCAGUAUGAUCGGACCCAAAGCUGAUCUCAACACCAUGGCUGACGUGGGGACAGAGUUCAAGGAAACAAUCACAAGGCGUCAAUUCCUUGGCUUUAAAUUUGGACGAGUGCAGGAUGUCACAACGGUCGGCCUGCCAAGGCGUGGCUAUGUGCCUGGUGAAAGCAUCACUGUCACAGGUCAUGUGGAAAAUCGUGGCAGGCAGAUACAGACGCAGUUCAAGGCGAAACUCGUUCAGAAAUCCAUUUUUAUAUUCCCAGUGAACAAGGAGAGCUGCUACCCUUUUCGGAAUACUCUUUUAUCGACAGCGAGUGCGAGCGUGACUUGUCCGCGGGGCCAGAGUACUGAUUUGACGGUAGGACCACUGCUGAUUCCCCCGGUACCACCCUCAGGCUUAAUUGGCUGCGGACUGAUUGACACCCAGUACUUCGUCAGGAUAAAGUACUUGGACGGAAGUGGAAUCCUUCCACUGGUUAUCGGCACCGUGCCGCUGCGCACUCGUUCCCCUGUGCCGAGCCUGCCGGCUGCCAGUGAUUUCACGGACCAAUCAGCAGCACGAGUUGAGAAAUGGAGCCCAGACGAACGGACACCUUUAGUGCCCUCUUACGACGAUUCGCAUGAGGCCCCUCCCCCGUCUUACGAGGAGGCGGUGGGCGUGUCCGAUCAACCCACUGGUGGGCAGGACCGGGAGGAUUACUUCAGGAGUGAAGACCACUUCGUCCCUCGUUACCCUUACUUCAAUCUCUCAGGCAGAUAAACAGGACUAAACAAGUUCUUGAACGAAAGAGGGCGCUGUUUACAACGACGCCAUUUUGGUGUAUAAACAGAAGUGUAACAAUUAACCAAGGUUAUUGACGUUGGCCUGGUUGAUUAACUCUUUAGGUAAGAAACCAUUGUUUGUGGACGUAGCUUGCCGAUGACUGCCAAUUUGGGAUGUGCCAUUAUUGUUUCUUCAUCUUGUUGAUUGUUAAUAUAAUAAUAAUAAUUGGAGUCUUAUAGCGCCUAUGAUAAUCCUUUAAAGCGGCGCUUCAAACCAUGCGAAAUUAAUUAGGGUCUUCUGGCUAGGAACUAAUGCAAUAAUGGCUGUCGAAAUUUCCAGUAAGCCAUAAAUCUUUCCUCCUCUAAGUAAUACUUUGUUCACUUGAGCGUGAACGCAGUUUUGUUAUGGUAAUGUUCUCAACGUAUUACGAAAGGAUUUUUGUGAGUUGAUCGAAACGACAUAUAUAUAUUUAAGGGAACGUAGUCUUGGUUUCAAGACGUCCUACCUUGUGCGAUGUUUCAGCGGGCAAGGGUUCAUUGGACUUAGCAGCGGUUCACCGAAGAGGGCGCCCUCUAUUCACAAGCCAACAAGGAGCUUUGCGUGCGGUUCUUGGAGGUUCGUGAUGGCGCCAUAUAGGAUCGGAGGUCUUUCUAUUGAGAUCAGUGAUCAGGACAAGGAACACGCAUGCUAGCUGCGCGCGGUACAAAGGCUGUACCGAAUUACCCCGCUAAGAACGUCCUGCACCAAGACUACAGGGAACGAGGAAAGUAUUAGAAAAAAUAACGACAGUAAAAAUGUUAGACUUGUCUUCGAGAAUUUCAGCAUAAAAUGUUUAUGUUAUUAACUAGAAGAAUAUCACGUGGACAUAAAAUCUAAAGGGAGGAUGCCUUGCCUUCCUCAGUUGAAACCCUGAAUGGUUAACAUGUAAUGUAAAAUCACUUAACAUGUAAUGUAAAAUCAUAGUGAAAUACACAAUCGUAUAUGCAGUUUAUGACAAAAUUUUUAUUUCUUUAAAGACUGUAAAGUAAUAAUUCAGUCAAACAAGGUUUAUUUCUUUCUUUCUUAUUUAUCCUGCGUGAUCCUUUCAGUGAGAAAAACUCAACUGAUCUCCCAUGGAUCCCAGCUCAAAAAGUUCAAUAUGCAGAAUUUUGAAAGUUUAUUUAUUUAAUAAAGUCAGUUCCUUUAAUUGUGGAUUACUUAA